AUGUCACAAAAUAAGGAAAGUAAGAAGCCUAGCACCUUCACUUGCUUCGUUCGUAGUGAGGCCAACAAAGAUAUUUUUAAUGUAAUAAUUGAUAGGGAUUUGACCGUUAGUGACCUGGAAGCUAAGAUCAAAACUGACCGGCCAGAUUUAGAAGAAAUAAACAUCGAACUAUAUAGGAAAGAUUUCUUUCAAGAAAAUAAUGUUCUAAUCAAUACUGUGAAUAGCGAUAAACCUGAAAAAAGACAAGGGGUAUGGAUGGACCCGCAAAAAAAAAUUUCUCAAUGCUUUUCCUUGGGGGAAGAAGACUAUGCAUCGCCUUUUCCUCUAGAAGAAGGUAAAAUAGCCGGCUUAAAACCUAUUAACAUCAUCAUAUACCCCCAGGUGGAGUUGGAAAAAAAGCCUCCCUCGGAUAUUGGACUCUAG